UUUGUUUUCAUAAUUAUUAGCAUGUUAAUGCAACUAAUGAUUGUAUGUUAUUCUGGUCAAAAGUUGAUGGACAAAAGUCAGAAUAUAUUCUACCGAGCGUACGCUGUGAAAUGGUACAGAUUCUCACCGAGAUUAAAGACGCUAUUAAUUAUAACUCUUGAUAGAAGUAUUAUUCCUUCUUGUUUAACAGCAGGUAACAUGGUCCCAUUAUCGAUGACAACUUAUGCUACGGUGGUACGAAUGGCCUUAUCUUACUUUAUAACAUUCUUAUCUUUCAAAGACUAGUUAUUUUGCAUUAUGUCGAACCUUAUAUUAUUAGAAAU